AUGUCUAAAUCCAACCAACCUGCCGUCAUCAGGACGGCUCCCAUCGCCAUCGCUCCUAAGCCCGUCCGCCAAAACUCCUAUCGGCAAGACAGCUGCAGCACCUCCCAGUCCUACCGCAGCAUGCCCGGUCUCGAGUCGGCCGAGGCCUCCUACACUGGUCGAGCCCCAAGCCCUUGUGACAUUUGCCAGCGCUUCCGAAUCAAGUGCACGCUGACGGACGACGACGAAGAGGGCUGCCUGCCCUGCCAGAACCGCGGUUCUGAAUGUUCUUUUGUCUCGAGCCCCCCCGCAAGGAAACGGAAACUCAACGGUCAUCUCGCCGACGACGGGAAGCGAAGCUCUCCAGGGAGGUCUGAUAUCAGGCGGAGACGUCAACCUCAACCCAGCCUCUCUAGCACUGCCGGCAGCAGCUCCUUCAUCGAAGACAUGGCCAACGUCGGCGGCCCAACCCUUCUCAAGCGAACGCUGGGACUCCAGAACGAUCGCUACAGCCAGUACAUCGGACCAACCACCGACUUCGAGCCGUCCCUCAUCAACCUUUCACCCUUUGAUCCCCACGACGAGAGCCUCCUGUCACGAGGCACCCUGCGCAAGGUUAGUGACGACGAGACGUUCCUCAUGCUCCCGGACAUGAACACGCCAGGGUACGAGCAUACUCUGGAGGACAUCGAGGAGGUCGAGGCUGUCGUUCGCCCCCAUGGGAAGAAGCUAGUCGACCUCUACUAUCGCAUCGUCCAUCCAGGGUUUCCCAUCAUCCAAAAGACGGUUUUCUUGGAAAAGUACGAGCGAGGCUAUCGUGAAUUCUCACCACCUCUGCUGGCUGCUGUCUACAUCCUGGCAAUCAACUGGUGGGAUCAUGACGAAGAGCUUCGCCGAGUCCCCAGGCCCGACGUCCGUGAGCUCGAGCGGCUGGUGCGCACAACACUGUCAGACGCCAUGUAUCGACCAAAACUGUCCACCAUACAAGCCGGGCUGCUUCUCUCCCAACGACCAGAAGGCGACCAGUGGGCGCCGACGGCGCAACUAGUGGCCAUUGGUCAAGAGCUUGGCCUGCACUUGGAUUGCACGGGAUGGAAGAUACCGCCCUGGGAGAAGGGUCUCAGGAAGCGACUUGCGUGGGCCUUGUACAUGCAGGAUAAAUGGGGAGCGCUUGUGCAUGGUCGGCCUUCCCAUAUCUUCGCAUCAAACUGGGGCGUAAGGCCUCUGACAGAGCACGACUUUCCCGACGUGGAAUGGGAUGAGAAUGACUCUGAGGAUCAACUGGAGAUUGAGAGGGGCCGCACACUCUUUUCACAGAUGGUGCACCUCUCCCAGAUUCUCUCCGAGAUUCUCGACACGUUCUACACACUGCAGGCGAAGCAGACAGUUACGAACAGCGGAGCCCAGGGAACGCAUCUCGUGCUGUCUCUCGCCAAGCCAAUCCAGCUGAAACUCAAGGAGUGGUAUGCGGGAUUACCCACGGCUAUCCGCAUGGACAAUUCCUUCACGCCCUCGGCAGCUUCGACCAGCCGCCUAUCCAGCAUUGGGUAUCUGCAUUUGGCAUAUUUCGCAACCGAAAUCACCCUCCAUCGACGUAUCAUCCGCUCGCUUGCUUCGCCCGCAUCCGCCCUUGAUCCGUACGUCCAUCACAUUUGCCGGAGUGCAGCCAAAGCCCGCCUUAUUUCGGCCAUGGACUUUGUCAACCGAUUGAACCCCUCGCACAUUCGAUCUUUUUGGUAUUUCGCGUCAAAGACGAACUUUGCACUCAUCGGCACGUUUGGCUCGCUCCUUUGGGCUACGAGUCCGGGGAGGGAGGAGGCCGACUGGUAUCGCCGACGUCUGGGCGAGUACCGCUGGACACUCUCGGUCAGCUCCAAGCCGGGUGAAGGCACGGGACUGACAGCAUUCGCUAUGAAGAUGCUCGACAUAUCCACGGGACUUCUAAAGAAGCUCCCAGAAAAGCCGUCCAUGAGCCGCAGCGGCAGCGUGGCCGACAUUGCAGGGAGCGUGAGCAGCGGUCCGAGUGGCUUGUCAGCUCUGAGCAGCCUAGCCGGUGCUCCUUCGCUGGGAAGCUUCAGCGGGCUGCCGAGUCGUGACGCCAGCAAUGCUCACAGCCCCCAAAGCUUGGAAGAUGUGGACGAGAGCAGUGAUGAAGACAUGUAUGAUGAUUUUGCACCGACGGUUGGCAUGACGAGAAUGGCUGGUUAA